GAAGGUUUUUUGUCUGUCCGGUUGUUUUUUUCUCUCGAGUGUUCAAGUGCCUUAAGGAAUCUCCUAGCGCAAUCCAGAUUAUUAAUUAAUCGCAUUACUAGUAACGAUCUCAAAUCAGAGAUUUCGUUUGGUCCUUUCAUGGCUUCCUUUUCCGUUUCAUCUCUUCUCAAACCCAUUUCCCAAAACCCAAAAAUAUCCAUAAGAAGCUCCAAUCAUUCGAAUUGUUCUAAGGUGAUUCCGCAUGGUUUUUCCUCUUUGGCAUUUGGGUUCAGGGUUUUUCAACGUGGGUCGUGGAGAGAGAUGAGGAUUGUUACAAGUUCCAUUCAAAAUGAAGCCUUGAUUGUAUCUCACAAGAAGACAACUGUUGUAGCAGGUUCAGGUAUUCAAACAUUUGAUAUUCCACUACUGACUAGCUCAGAUGCAAUUGAAAGGUUGAAAGCCAACCGGGAAAACCAUCAAGGGAAGCAACAAUUCUUGGCCAUGUACUCCAGCAUUUUUGGUGGAAUUACAACAGAUCCUGCGGCUAUGGUCAUCCCUAUUGAUGAUCACAUGGUACACAGAGGGCACGGUGUUUUUGACACUGCUACCAUAAUGGACGGAUAUCUAUAUGAGUUGGACCAACAUGUUAACCGAAUCCUGAGAUCAGCAAGCAUGGCCAAAAUCAACCCUGCAUUUGAUAAGGAAACAUUAAGAAGAAUACUCAUCCAAACAGCGAGUGCCUCAAAGUGCAGAAAUGGAUCUAUAAAAUACUGGCUCUCAGUGGGACCUGGCGAUUUCCAGUUGUCUCCAUCUGGUUGCAACCAACCAACAUUUUAUGCUGUUGUGUUUCAAGAUCAAUCCCCCUCUUAUUCAAAGGGAAUCAAGGUAAUAACAUCGUCAGUUCCAAUAAAGCCUUCACAAUUUGCAACAACAAAGAGCGUAAACUACCUCCCAAAUGUUCUUUCAAAGAUGGAAGCUGAAGAACAAGGUGCAUUUGCAGGGAUUUGGUUGGACAAUGAAGGGUUCAUUGCUGAAGGGCCUAAUAUGAAUGUGGCUUUUGUCAUGAAAGAGAAUGAACUUUUGAUGCCUCAAUUCGAUAAAAUUUUAAGCGGUUGCACUGCUAAUAGAGUUUUGGCUCUGGCUGAACAGCUAGUGAGCGAGGGAAAGCUUCAGGGAGUAAGAGUAGGCAAUGUGACUGUAGAAGAGGGGAAAAAUGCAACAGAAAUGAUGCUUCUUGGCAGUGGAAUACUUGUUCUACCUGUGAUACAGUGGGAUGAUCAGAUCAUUGGUGAUGGAGCAGAAGGUUCAGUUACACAGGCUCUCUUGAAUCUUAUCAUCGAGGACAUGAAAUUUGGGCCUUCAUCUGUUCGUGUGCCGAUUCCUUACUGAGUCAUCUUCAAUCUUCAUUUCUAUCUCGCAUAUUUAACUUGAAGCAGUUGAGCUCUAUUACAAGCCUUGGAGUUCUGUCCUGUGAAUUAUGCAGUUUGUUCUUUGUGUCUAAUAAGCAGCUGGCCUUCUCCAAAUGGAAGACAAUUUUACAACAUGGUGUAUAGUCAAAGCUACAAUCACAAUUGUUGUAAAAUGGAUUCUUCAAUUGUUCUAAGCGAAAUUAAUCUUUUAAGCCAAAAUUAGAAAAGCUAUAGUGAAAGGGUCAUGUUCUUCUGGUUUCCGUAACUCUAUUAAUCUUUUCCAUAGAAGUUACAAGAUUAUCUUUAUAAUUGUUUUGGGGAAAGGCAACACUGUAGUAAUGCUUGAAAAGAAAGUUCUUUAA